GAUAAAGAAUGAAGGAAUCACAAACAACAUUUUCGUAUGGAUGGCCGCUAACGAACUUGCUUCGUAACGCACGUCUCCCUACCAACAUCAUGUCAGAACCAGAGAAUGCAGCUGCUCUUCCUCAACUAAAUGACGAUCCCGUUGUUCAAGAAAGGGCUUCUGAUGCAGUCCAAGGUGAUCAGAACGAAGAGGAGGUUGACAAGGAAUUAGAAGCCAUGAAGGCUCGAGUCAAAGAAAUGGAAGAGGAAGCCUCGAAAUUACGCGACAUGCAAGCAGAGGUGGAGAAGACAAUGAACGGCCCAGAAGAAGUUAUGACAACAGAUAAGGAGGCUGUAGACAGUAGAUCUGUUUACGUCGGAAACGUUGAUUACGGCACUGCUCCCGAAGAACUUCAAGCACACUUUCAAUCCUGUGGAACGAUUAAUCGAGUCACUAUCAUUUGCGAUAAGUUCACCGGUCAUCCUAAGGGCUUUGCAUAUGUCGAGUUUGCUGAACCAGAACAUGUCAACGCUGCUACGACAUUGAAUGAAUCUCUUUUCCGAGGUCGCUUGCUCAAGGUGACGCCUAAGCGUACCAAUAUUCCUGGAUUUUCUCAACGAGGUCGUGGGCGUGGUCGCGGAGGUUUUCGCGGCGGUCCGUACGGACAUAAUGCCGGCUUUGGAUAUCGUGGUCGUGGUCGUGGCCGUGGUAGAGGAGGUUAUUACUCACCAUAUUAGAGUGGCAAGAUCUUCCAUGUACACGACAAGGGAUAUCAGUAAUUGGAUGUAUGUACAUAUCGACAGUCGAACUGUGUUUAUGGGAGCUGUAGGAGCUUCUGUUUCUGACUUUUUCCCAGCUCUUCAGGCAUUGCUUCCAUUUUUUCAUUAUUCUCAGCUCUCCCCCUCUUUUUUUCCUCUUCUUUUGCUUCAUUCUUUCCUUUUUCCUCUCUCACCUUUUGAACUUGGUGAAGGCCAUAUACAACAUUUAUGGCUGAUGAUUUCGCCAGACCUUGUUGCCUAUCCAUUUUCCAUAAAAUUGUCUAAUGCAUAGAUAUAUGAUGAUACUCUAAACACAAUAUCUGAACGUUUUUAAAAAUA